AUGACUAUGGAUAUUCGCCCUAAUCACACGAUAUAUAUAAACAAUUUAAAUGAGAAAAUAAAGAAAGAGGAACUAAAAAAAUCUCUCUAUGCUAUUUUCUCACAAUUUGGACAGAUUUUGGACAUAGUUGCAUUAAAGACACUUAAAAUGAGGGGACAAGCAUUUGUUAUAUUCAAAGAAAUAUCAAGUGCCACUGUUGCUUUAAGAAGCAUGCAAGGAUUCCCAUUUUAUGAUAAACCUAUGAGGAUCCAAUAUUCUAAAGGUGAUAGUGAUGUCAUUGCCAAAAUUAAGGGCACCUUCCAAGAAAGGCCCAAGCGCCCUAAAUUGCCAAAAAGUACAGAUGAUGGAAAGAAGAAGAAAAGCAAAGAUGCAAAUAGGCCAGCUAUACCUGGUUUUGGUCAACCAAGCCUUCUUAACAAUGUCAAUGUGGAGCAACCACCAAACCAGAUUCUCUUCCUUACAAAUCUUCCUGAUGAGACAUCUGAAAUGAUGUUGUCUAUGCUUUUCAAUCAAUUCCCUGGCUUUAAGGAGGUUAGAUUGGUACCAAACAGACAUGAUAUUGCUUUCGUUGAAUUUGCCAAUGAAAUGCAAUCAGCAGCAGCAAAGGAAGCACUCCAAGGCUUUAAAAUCACUCCUACCCAUGCAAUGAAAAUAUCAUUUGCCAAAAAA